UUUUUCUUUUUUUAUUUUUAAACAAGUUCUAUUAUCCAGGUUCAGUUCAAUGAUUCUUUGUAAUUUGUAAUUUUGUAUUCCAGUAAACAUUUAUAUAUAUAAUACACUAAUUCCGAUUGAAAUUUACCUAAAUGAAGAAUCACUUAAUUUAAUGCUUAUAGUAAAAAGAAUCACUUAAUUUUAAUUAAACUCUAUAAUUCUCUUUCCAAAAACAAAAAAAAUUAAACUUUAUAAUUUCAUAGUUACCCUCUCCUUCUCUUUUGUUGUUGUCCAGAUCUGUAGUUCCUCAUUCCUUUCUUCUAAAACCCAAAUUUUAUUUCUUCUCUACUCUAAAUUUGGAUAAUUAAAAUGUAUGAACCAAUUAAUCAAGCAAUAUAUUCCAACAAUCCUUAUUUACCUGGACAAUCUUUGCCCCCUUCAAUCCAAAACCCUUCAUUUUCAUACCCUCAAUUUCAAUCUCUUUCUUCUGAUUCUUCUGGGUUCACCCCGUUUCCGGGUUUCGGGCAAUACCCAUCAACUCUUCCGGGUUUUGGAGCUCAACCCGUUAAUUAUUCGGACCCUGCUGCUUCUUCUGCUAAUUGGGUUGUCAAGCAAUCUGCCCCUGUUAAAUAUUCUCCAGCUAUUCAACCGUCAAGGAACGAAGCCAAUGCUUCAUUAAGUUAUGACCCUCCACCGAACUACAACUUAAUACAUCAAAUCUCGUCUAUUAACGCCCCUAAGAAAAAACUGAAGGGACCUAAGGUGAUUCCUAAAAUAAUCCCAACAAGCCAAAGGGUUCGAUGCCAACUUUGUGAUAUUGAGUGCAACAAUGUUCAAAUGUAUGAAAAACACUUAUCUGGAAAAAAGCAUGAAAAAGGUCUCUUGAAACUUUAUGCUCCUGCUUUACAGUCUGCAACUAUGCAGACAAGCCAGACAUCUCAGUCUAGUCAAGUCACUGCUCCUGGUGCACAAAGCAUGCAAGUAGCCAAAACUAAGCCUGCUAACUUGGAGGUCAAGAAGCAAAAGCUUGUGGAAGGUGGAGCUACAGUUCAGUCAGUAAGGGUAUGCGCAAUAUGCAAUGUAGUAUGUAAUGGGGACGUAGCAUUCAAUGAUCAUCUUGCUGGGAAGAAGCAUGCUACUCAGGAACGUGCCAGAGCAAAUGUGUUAAUUUCAAACCCUGCUUUAGUGAGUACCACAGAAACCACCCAACAUGACCUGUCCAAGAAAAGAAAAUUUGAUGAACCUGCUCCAGCGUGGUGUGAUGUUUGUAAAAUCAGCUGCACAAGCAAUGAUGGUCUCAAUAUGCACUUAGUAGGAAAGAAACACCAAAAGAACCUACGAAAGCUCCAAAACCCAAAUAUCAAUCCCAUUACUCCUUUUUCAACUGCUGCACCACUGCCUUCAAAAAAUCCAACCACAACUGCUGCCAAAAUGCCUGUGUCCAAACCACAGCAGGUGAAGAAGAAAGGUCUGUCUGUGGAGACUAAGAAGCGAAAUGUUCUAGAAUGUGGAGCAGCUGCUAAUGCUGUGAGAACGUGUACUAUAUGCGGUGUGGUUUGUAACAGUGAGACAGUGUUCAAUUCUCAUCUUGCUGGCCAAAAGCACAUGGCUAUGGUGAAACAGGCUGAAGCUGCAAAGGCGAUUAGUGGUCUACAAGCUGUCUACCCGUAACAUGAAGAUUUUGUAACAUCACUUCACUUUGGAACUCCCUGACUCUCUCCUUGUGAACUUGUACAUAUUAAUCACCUUUUCUUUGAAAGUUACCUUUGGAGAAUGAAACAAGGGGGUUUUAUGAGAAGUAACUUUAUUUCGUAAUUUCAUCUACUCAUUUACUUUUGUUUUAUUUAUAAAAGAAAAUACGGAGUACAUUAUUAUGUGAGCUAUUGUUAGAUUUGUUUUGAUUUGGUUUCUUUAAUAAUAUAAAAUUUUACAAAAUCUAUAAA